CGGUGCGAGCUUUCGGCACUCGCUCUCAUCAGUCGCUCCGACUCAGGAACCAGAGCAUCAGCGGAGAUAGCAAGGACCCGCUCGCCUCCUUAAGGCUAACUCGCUUUCGGCUUUGGUUCGGAAUGGAAACUUCUGUCUUUACGCGGAGCCGACGAAGCUCCAUGGCGCACGACUUCAAGAGUGGUCUCUCGCUCUGGCUGGUGGUCUGGCUUGUUGUGGUUAAGCCUGCACCUGUGCAGAGCUGUCCACACCUGUGUGUGUGUUACCCAUCUCCCAUGACCGUGAGCUGCCAGGCGCAGAACUUCACCGUUGUGCCCACCGGUGUCCCUUAUGAGUCCCAGCGCGUCUUUCUGCAAAACAACCGCAUCACAGAGCUGAGAGUGGGCUCUUUUGGUUUUGGGACUCAGGUUCUGUGGCUCUUCUCCAACAAUAUUACUUGGAUUGAGGCUGGUGCUUUCGGUGAGAUGCGUGAUCUGGAGGAGCUGGAUCUGGGUGAUAAUCCUCAUCUGCACCGUCUGGAGGGAGGAGCUUUCCGUGGCCUGGAGAAGCUGCAGAGCCUCCACAUGCACCGCUGUCGUCUGGCUGCCCUCCCCCAUAACAUCUUCCACAAGCUCUACAGCUUACAGUAUCUCUAUCUGCAAGAGAACCAGCUCCAUUUCCUCCAGGAUGACCUGUUUGCUGAUCUUAUCAACCUCAGCCAGCUCUUCCUGCAUGGCAACCGCAUCCGCACGCUGUCUGAGAAUGUGUUCCGAGGCUUGGUCAAUCUGGACCGCCUGCUGCUGCACGACAAUCGCAUCCGCCAGGUUAACCGCCGCGCCUUCCGAGACCUGGGCCGCCUCACCAUGCUCUUCCUCUUCAACAACUCAUUGGUUGAGCUUCCUGGCCAGACAAUGCGUGAUGUGGAGUCCAUCCAGUUCCUGCGGCUUAACAACAAUCCCUGGGCCUGUGGUUGUGAGGCUCGUCCUCUCUGGGACUUCUUCAGGUCCAACCGGGUCUCCAGUUCUGAGCUGCUCUGUAGCACUCCUACUUCUCGCCGUGGCCAGGACCUUCGCUUCCUGCGUGAGAUGGACUUUGCUCUGUGCCCCCUGCCUGAUCCUGGCUCCCUGGCUGGAACCACCACCACUACCUUCAGCACCAAGACCCGCUGGUGGUUCUCCAAACACAAGCCCAUCAGCUCCACCAAGGGCAUUUUUGAGAAGAACACAGAAACCCUGAAAGCCCAUCCUUUCUCUGCUGGUAAACCCUCAAUCACAUCCACAUCCACGAAGUAUGAGCUGGGUGAGGAAGAGGCGCUGCUCCCUAAAUUGGACAAAGAAGAGUAUUGGGCCAACUAUGGCAAUGAGGAUGCAGGUAUCACCUCACUGCGUUGCUUCGAAGUGGAAUGCCCUGACUUUGAUACCCUUCCCCCCUUCGCGUCCUCAUCUUCUUCCUUACCUUCCACUCUCUUGCUAGUUGUUAUGUCCAUCCUGACUGUAUCCAUCCAUCUCCUCUUUGGCUGAAUUUUCAUAUGUUAGUAAGGGAUCUUGAUCCCCCAUUUCUUCUUCUCCCCCUUGGGGGAGUGAAGACCCCGUUUACACAACCUAAAUCAUAUACCUGAUUCCUGUUUAACUUCUACUUUACCUGUAUCUUUGUUCUGUUCAGUUUGAGCCUCUAGCUUAUCUAGGCAACUAGAGGGCACUAUACUGAUUUAGGAUACAGUAGGGGAAGCAGGGAAUUCGGGGCAGGUACUGCAGUGCAGGCCAUUAACACAAUGGAAGGUAAUGAUAGCUACUACCAGAGGGCUUGAUUAGUCAACUGGUACACUGUCCUCCUUCCUUGUGGACUUUUCAUAUAUAUCACAGUCUGUAUGGACUGGGGAUAUAUGGAUCCAUCCUAGGUUUAUGUACAACAUUUGUAUACUUAUGCCGUUUUUUUGGCUACUAUUAGUGCUAUUUUGGCUAUUGUAAAUGCUGCUUGUGAUGGUCCUAUGACUAUAACUGUCUUUAUAAUUGCAGCUAAUACUGUUACUCAAAGUGCUACAGUUAAAGUGCUACUAUCGGCACUGCUUACAGUAAUGUUAGGUAGACAUGAUUUUUAACACUAUACUGGUUUUAUCAGUUAAAUUACAUCACAUUAUAAUCACUAGAUGAACUGUCCAGUGUCAGUCAUUAUAUAACAUAUGUCAAAGGAUAUCAGAUGAUUCAGGGAAAGCAGAGUGAUGGAGUGUGAAUGCGAAAGGAAAGCUGUUAAAAAUGGUGAGGAAAAGGUCUAGGUAAGAUGUCUGAAAAACUGCAAGUAACAUAUGGAGAGAGAGAGAGAGAGAGUGCACGAGACAACAUUCUUAAGACCAAGAAAUCCUUGAUGAUCAGGAUGUCUUUUGUUUUCUCAUUUGUCUCUUAACAGCAAUUAAGUCAUUAGUAAUGUCCUGUAUAUAUAUCAUGACAUCAUCAAAGACAGCUGUACAUAGAGCAAUGAAAAACCUCAUGUUUACUGAUCUGUCUGUUUAUGUUUACUGAUCCCUAAUUGGUUCAGAAUGUCAUUGAAAUCAUUUCUGUUGUCAGCGAUUGAUGAAUGAAUUUUAUGUCAGUUUCAUGUCUUUCAAUGUGAAACUUUGUCAUGGACUUUUCACUUUGUUUUCCCUUUUUUGAAAUAUAAACAAUUUUGU